AUGGCCACUCCGUCUCCUUCCCACGAACAGCACACGCUGUCGGAUCUCGCCAACGUAAUUGCAUCCAACGCCACCGUAGUUGACGAGGAGCUUGGAAGCAAAGGACUUCCGCCGCUAGACGAUGAAACUUUUCCAAGUUCCUUUCCCCUACUGAGUCCAGAGGGCUCCCGUGCCCGAUUCGAGCUGCUCUCCGCAGCAUUGACGCUUUUCCGGCUCGCGAGCGGGCCAUCCGAGACUUUGGACCAUGUCACCAUGCAGGGCUUCGAACUAGGCACAAUCGCAACCCUCCUCCGCCUCUGCAUCCCGGAGCACAUCCCUCUCGGCAGCGCCGUCUCCCUACAAACCCUCUCACAACUAACCUCUAUCAACCUCGACCUCCUAACCCGCCUAAUCCGCUACGCCAUCUCCAUCGGCUUCCUCAGCGAACCAGAACCAGGCCUCAUCCGCCACAACGCCCUCUCAGCAGCCACCGCGCGCGACCACAACAUGCGCGAUAGCGCCCUGUGGAACGUAAUCGUGGGUGCCCCCGGCGCAAUCAAAAUGUACGAAUCGCUGCAGUUGGAUCCUACAGGAAGGGAUAAUACGAAGACGGGGCUUAGCGUUGCCAUGGAGGAGCGCGGAGAGACGCGCGGGACGAUGUGGGAUUAUCAUGCGUUGCAUCCGGAGGAUGAGGUGCGGUUUAAUAAUGCCAUGGCGAGUACAGAGACGGUUUCUAUUCAUGCAUGCGAGCAUGUGGUUAGGGGGUUUGAUUGGUCGAAGGUUAGGACUGUUGUCGAUGUCGGCGGCAACGAAGGCCACCUCUGCAUGACAAUAAUAAACACUUACCCACACAUAACAGCCACAAUCCAAGACCAAGCCCGCGUCGUGGCCACCUCCGCCCCCCUCCUCCCACCAAGGUACAACAACUCCAUAACCUUCAAAGAACAUGACUUCUUCCACCCUCAGACCACAAUCGCAGACGUCUACAUCCUCCGCUUUAUUCUGCACGACUGGCCCGACGACAAAGCACGCGACAUCAUCCGCAACCUGCUCCCCGCGCUCAAACCCGGUGCGCGGAUUCUGAUCGUUGACCAUGUCAUUCCCAGCGUUGGCGCUGGUGCACAGAAGGUUAAUAGAUACAUGGAGCAAAUUGUUCGACAGAUGGAUGUUACCAUGUUUGGGCUGUUGGCGGGGAGGGAGAGGUCGGAGGAGGAUUUUAAAAGGUUGUUUGGGGAGGUUGAGAGCAGGUUGGAGUACAGGGGGUGUACUACGCCGGAUGGGAGUUCGUUGAGUAUUUUGGAAUUCCAGUUCACGGGAUAA